CCCGGAGCAGCAGCAGCAGUGUGAUGUUCUCCGUCUGAAGAUGUUCACGUUCUUCUUCUUCUUCUUCUUCUUCUGUCCCGGUUUCUUCCUGCACUCCGCUCUGAUUGGACGCUGCACGGCUACAGCAGUGAUCCGGUUCUCGGUCCCGGAGGAUCACCACGUCUGCCUGCAGUGUGGCGGGUCCGACAGCUCCGAUGUGGUCUGGACUCACCGGGACAGGAAGGUGGCGACUCGACGGGGCAGUUACGAGACCAACGUCGACCGCCAACGCUACCUCCUGCAGGCCGGCGGCGGCCUCUGCCUCCUGCGGCUCGACGAAUCAGACGGCGGGAAGAUCCUCUGUAACCAGCAGCUGGUGGCCGAGCUGCAGGUGCUAACAGGCUCGGACUUCGCGGUGUCCGCAGGCCGGACGCUGCUGCUCCCCUGCAGCGACUCCCGGACCGUGAAGAAGUGGUUCCACCAGAGGGAAGGAGCGCGCCGGUGGGCGCCCGUCCUCACCCGGUUCAGAAACGGCACGGCGAGAGCAGAGAGGACGCGGCUCAGCCUCGGGAACGACGCCCUGCAGAUCGAGGACCUGCGGGCGGAGGACGCGGGGAGGUACAAGUGCAACGGAGAGCGGCUGGCCACACUCAGCGUCCUGCCAGUGCCGCCGGAGCCGACCAGCAUCGAGCAAACCAGCAGUACGAUCGCAACGGCUGCCGUCACAGACGUGGUUGAGACGAAGACGAAGGAGGAGAAGAAGAGACCUGAGAACGCGCUGCUGAUGGUGGCGGUCGGCGGCCUGGCGGUGAUGAGUCUCCUCAUGGCCGCCGUGUGUGUUUUACUGACCGGCAUGAGGUGCAGGAGGAAGAAGAAACACCGGCGUGCAGCCCAGAGACAUGAGGACACGGAGCUGCAGUCGUGGACUACGUCUAACACGCAAACCGAGUGUGAGGUUCCCGACAGUCCGUCCCCGCCGGAGGAGACGAUCCAUUACGCCUCCCUGGGCCGACAGAACUGGAGGGAGAGACCCAGCAGGCCUCCGCCGGACCAGGACCACCACAACGUCAUCUACUCUUCGGUCAUCACCAGACCGGCCGCCAAGCAGAAACGCCACGAAAUGUUACAUAUGAAACCAUGAGAGGCUGAUUUCAUCUUAAUCUUCACGUUAAUGCACUUUCAUACAGUCCUCUAUGUAUCCCAAUGUGAUUAAAACACCGAUUUAUGUAACGUGUA